UCUGAGAGUUCAUGUUUAUCCGCAUACUAGUGAUAGUGUGCAGAAGGGAGGGUAGCUUUGUGCAUAGAAAGUUCCUUUAGCCACAGGCGGUUCAGCACAAGCCGUGAAGACGAAGAGAUGGAUUCAGCACCUGAAAUUGAGGAUCCAGCCACAAGCCUGUUUCGGGAGUACCUGAUGAUAAGAACAGUGCAGCCGGAUCCAGAUUAUGAUAAGGGAAUACAGUUUCUUGUUCGUAUGGCUGAAGAAAUUGGAUUGGAAAGUAAGAAAUUGGAGUUGUACCCAGGGCGUGUUAUACUCAUACUAACUUGGAAAGGAACAGAACCCCAACUUGGAUCAGUAAUCCUAAACUCUCACACAGAUGUGGUUCCAGUAUUUGAGGAAUUCUGGACAUACUCACCAUUUUCUGCUUAUAAAGACAAAGAUGGAAACAUCUAUGCCCGUGGGGCGCAGGACAUGAAGUGUGUUACUAUCCAGUAUCUCGAAGCUGUGCGCCGACUGAAAUCUGAGGGACGCCGCUUCCCACGUACCAUCCAUCUCACUCUGGUGCCUGAUGAAGAAAUUGGGGGACAUAAAGGGAUGGAAUUGUUUGUACAGCACCCAGAAUUCCAUGCACUUAACCCUGGAAUCACUCUGGAUGAAGGUCUUGCAAACCCCUCAGAAGAAUUCAGUGUUUUCUAUGGGGAGAAAUGUCCCUGGUGGAUAACGGUUCAUUGCGGGGGUGACCCUGGACAUGGUUCCCGCUUCAUAGAAAACACAGCAGCAGCCAAAUUACACUCAGUGAUAUCAAGAUUUUUGGAGUUCAGAGAAAAAGAGAAAAAAAGGCUAUUGACAGAUCCUAAACUCACACUCGGAGAUGUUACCACGGUGAACAUGACACAAGUUAGUGGUGGAGUCUCUUUCAAUGUUGUGCCAUCAGAGAUGACGGCAACCUUUGACCUACGCAUACCACCUACUGUGAAUCUAAAGGAGUUUGAGCGUCAGCUUGAGGGUUGGUGCCGAGCAGCUGGAGAUAAUGUAACAUGGGAGUAUCAUCAGAAAUGUAUGAACGAAAGGGUGACUACUCCAGAUGAUUCUAACCCUUGGUGGAAAGCAUUCAGCGCCCCAUGCAAAGAGAUGCGUCUAAAGUUAAAGCCUGAGAUUUUUCCUGCAGCCACUGACAGCCGUUUCAUUCGAGCGGCUGGAUAUUCUGCUCUUGGUUUCUCUCCAAUGAACAACACGCCCAUCUUGCUUCAUGAUCACAAUGAGUAUUUGAAUGAAAGCAUCUUCCUUCGUGGGAUCCAAAUUUACACCAAGAUCAUUGCCUCACUGGCCAGUGUUGCACCCCUUGCUGAUGAGCAUUGACAGAUGGUAAUAGUGGGAAGAGGAGUACAAUUUGUUAUAGAAGCACUCAGGGCGUCAUUGCAAACAGCCAGCUAUACUCAGGGAAUUGCAAGUUGUCCUUUAAAUCUUCAGAUGAAUAGUAAAAUAGCCAUAUACUGAUCUGAUAUAAUUAAAUUAAACAUAAAUCUUUUACAAAAU